CUGAUAGAAAAGUGAACCUUGAUUACAGAUACAAGCCUUCACAGUUCUAGAAUGGAACUGAAGGGGUCAUAAUGAGACUAAAACUGACCAAUUCUGUCACAAGUGUCCCCUGAACUUCCAAGUCCCUACUCUUUGAAGUUUUGCUCAUGGGAAACAUAACCAAGAGAGGCAGCAGGGAGCUGGUGGCCGACGGGGCCAAGCCCCUGGAGGAAGGCCCAGCCGCGGCCCUCCACAUCAGACUCUACGAGGCCAUCAUGAGGGAGGACUGUGCGGCCAUCCGGGUGCUCCUGAGAAGCCACCCCGUCAACCAGCCCAUGACCAUUCUGGCCAACUCCACCAGCUACCGACUCCUUCUGAACCAGCAGACGCAGUCCAUCAUCCCCAUUCAUCUGGCUGCCAAACACCGCAAGGCACAAAGUUUGCUCUGUUUGCUAGAACAUGGCGCUGACCCCGAAGUAAGGGACACAAGAGGCCUUACCACACUUCACCUGAUGCUGCUGCACUGGCCGAUCAUUUCUACCACGUGGACAAAACCGGGGAACAGAAUACAAAGGAUCCUGACAGACAUUCAGAACGAUGCCGUAACAUGUCUCCGCAUUUUGUGCGAACACGGAGCCCAAGUCAACGCUCGGGUAGACAACAGCAACAAACACUCCCCCCUCCACCUGGCCAUAACCUACGGGACCUAUCCAGUGCUCUCCAUUUUAGCCCAAAAUGGUGCCCACAUCAAUGCCGUUAAUGAAUCCAGCAUGACGCCCCUUCACACGGCUGCAGACAUGCUCAACAAGGAGAUGAUGGAAACACUCAUUGCCUGCGGAGCAGAUGUUAACUGCGUCAUCUCCUCCACUGGGAACACGGCCCUGAAGCUGGCGGUGUGCACGGCGUCGAGCAAAGCAGGCCGAACGCUGGCCGCGGGCGUGAACUGCAUCCGUUUGCUGCUAAUUCACGGAGCCCAAGUGAACGCCCGGGACCACGAAGGUCAAACGGCUAUCCAUGAGGCGUGUUUUGGAGGCAGAGAGGCAAUUAUCAAUCUCUUGCUCGAAUUUGAAGCAAAUGUCAACCUAUUAACAAGAAACGGGGAGUCUCCCAUCUACAUGUACCUUCAGCGCUGUUCCAACGUAAGGGACACGGAGCUUCUGGCCAGGCUACUUCAUCGCUCUUAUCCUUUGAGACUGACCAAUAACCACGGAAUUCUACCUGCGGGAAUCAUGCUGCCAGAAUUCCACCUCUUAAGGGAAACCCUCAUAAAGCUAUCUCAAAGACCCUUAUCCCUACAGGACAUCUGCAAAAGGAACCUCAGGAAUAUUUACGGUGAGAAGUACAAAGGGCACUUGAAGCGACUUCUCCCCGCGAAGAUGUGGCAUUCUGUAUAUGGCUUUCAUGACUCAGCUUACCUCCUGAAAUAGCACCCCCAAGUGGCACAGGCCAUGGGAUUUCAGUAACUCACUGCACGGUUUCUGGCUAAGACACAUACCCGGGCAACACUGAACCCAUCAGCUUGCACAUCCCGGAUGUACAAACCAUUUGGUUCCUAAACUUUUUUCAAAAAAUAAAAUGAUCUGCACGUUAA